GGUGAGUCCUCGCCGCUGAGACUUCUGCGCUGCUUCUGGCCGCCGUCACCGCUUCCACCUUCGCCUCAGCGCCAUGGCUUUCGUAACCAGGCAGUUUGUGCGCACCGUGUCCUCUUCGUCCACGGCCUCAGCCACGGCGAAGAAAAUCGUCAUCAAGCACGUGGCGGUCAUCGGCGGCGGGCUGAUGGGCUCCGGCAUUGCCCAGGUCGCUGCAGCAACUGGCCACACAGUAGUGUUGGUGGACCAGGCAGAUGACAUCCUGGCAAAAUCCAAAAAGGGAAUUGAGGAAAGCCUUAAGAAAAUAGCCAAGAAGAAGUUUGCAGAAAACCCCAAGGCAGGCAGUGAGUUUGUGGAGAAGACUCUGAGCAACAUAUCGACCAACUCAGACGCGGCGUCUGUAGUCCACAGCACAGAUCUGGUGGUGGAAGCCAUUGUGGAGAAUCUGAAGGUGAAGAAUGAGCUCUUCAAGAGGCUGGACAAGUUUGCCCCCGAACAUACAAUCUUUGCCAGCAACACUUCCUCUUUGCAGAUCACUAGCAUAGCCAAUGCCACCACCAGACAGGACCGCUUUGCCGGGCUGCACUUCUUCAAUCCAGUGCCCAUGAUGAAGCUCGUGGAGGUCAUUAAAACACCAAUGACCAGCCAGAAGACGUUUGAGUCUCUGAUAGACUUCAGCAAAACCCUGGGAAAGCAUCCUGUUUCUUGCAAGGACACCCCUGGAUUUAUUGUGAACCGCCUGCUGGUACCAUACCUCUUGGAAGCCGUCCGGCUGUACGAACGAGGUGAUGCAUCCAAGGAAGACAUCGACACCGCUAUGAAGUUGGGAGCUGGGUACCCCAUGGGCCCAUUUGAGCUCCUCGAUUACGUUGGGCUGGACACAGUGAAGUUCAUCAUGGACGGGUGGCAUGAGAUGGAUGCUCAGAACCCCCUGUUUCAGCCCAGCCCGUCUGUGAACAAGAUGGUAGCGGAGAACAAGCUGGGCAAGAAGACUGGAGAAGGCUAUUACAAAUACAAGUGACGUGCAGGUUCUCCGGCUCCGAAGAGCCCUGUGAGCUCCCACCAGCAGCUGCCCCAAGUGCCCGCGGGAAGGCUCCUGGGCCAGACGGGCUCCCUCCCAGCAGUCUCUCCGAUACCGUUCUGAUUGUAAUCUUUCGGAAGUAGUUAUUUACAUGUAGCCGAGUUCUGCAUUGAGAACCAACUCCCUUUUUUAGUCUGUUCAUUUCUGUGUAUUUUCUAAGAAGCUUUACACCCUUGGUGCCUUGGAGCAAGCAUUUCCUUUGAACCUUGUCACUUCCAUAAUGCAGUGCCUGGAUUCAUUCACUUGUAGCGGGAGAGCGCUUCCUCCUAGAGCGUGUGGGCUCCUCGCUGCCACACGGGAGGUCACGGGCGUUGACUCCUCGGUGGCAUCUCACCCUCCAUUCCUGGGCGCAUCAUAGUGUCAUGUCUCUAUUCAACUCAUCAUCUGCACGCCGCUGCUGGGCUGGUGGGAACGUCCCACGUGCUUGGUCUGCAGGAGGAGGUUUCCUUCACAUCCGAAAUCCGAAUGACUCUGGUCUCCCUCUGUCUUUUUCAUGAGAAAUCAUUACUGCAAACUGCCUAUAAAUUGACUAAUAAAAUUCAAUCUAAUCUGUGAGAAUUUGAAUUGAAA